AUGACCGUCACGACGCCCACCCUCUCCGCCGACGCGAAAACCAAGAUCGACCAGAUCCUCCAGUCCGCCGUGGACUCGAAGGAGAUCCCCGCCUCGACCUUUGCGGUCGCGACGGCCGACCUCAACGCCGAGCCGGUCUACUUCAAGGCGAGUGGCGAGCGCGUGUUUGGCUCCCCGGACAAGGGCCAGAUCAACGAGGAUACCGUCCUCCAGCUCAUGUCCAUGACCAAGCUGGUCGUGACUGUUGCGGCCCUCCAGCUCGUUGCGGCGGGCAAGCUCACCCUCGACGACCCCGAGAUCAUCAACAAGCACCUCCCCGAGCUCACGUCGCUCAAGAUCAUCAAGUCGGCCGACGACGCAGGCACCGACCGCACCAAGCCCAUCACCCUCCGUCACCUCCUGACGCACACGAACGGAACGGGCUACGACGUCAUGGUGCCCCUACUCGGCGAGUGGGCGAAGAAGCACAGUCACCCAGGUGUCUUCGCCUCCAACGCGACCGUGCAGACCUUUGAGCUGCCCCUCAUCUUCGAGCCGGGCACGGCGUGGAACUACUCCCUCGGUCUCGACUGGGGUGGUAUCCUCAUCGAGCGUGUGACGGGCCAGUCGCUCGACAGCUACUUCAAAGAGAACAUCUUCAAGCCCCUCGGCGCGGACAGCCUCACCUUCGUGCCGACCGAGAAGCACUACGAGCGCCUGCAGCAGGUCGUGACGCGCGACGCGGAGAAGAAGCUCACCGUAUUCCCCGGCAUCCGCGAGACCGCGCCCGAAAAAGUCAAGGGCCAGGCGUCGGGCGGUGCGGGCCUCUACGGCACCGCGCGCGACUACCUCCGCUUCCUCCAGGGCAUCCUCCGUUCCGCUCAGCCCGGAGGCAUCCUGCCCCCGGAGUACACCGAGCUCAUCUUCAGCAACCAGCUCCCCAAGGCGCCCGAGGGAACGUUCAAGGGACAGUACGAGUUUGCCGCUCUCAUCCCGCACAUUGACCCCGCGCUCGUUGCCAAUGGCGGCCUGAGCCACUCGCUCGGCGGAUACCUCACGACACAGGACAGCAAGUGGGGCCGCAAGGCGGGUUCUGAUUUCUGGGAGGGCAUCUACAAGACGUUCUACUGGAUGGACCCCAAGACGGGCAUCGCGGGCACGUUCUCGACGCAGUGCUUCAACUUUGGCGACCCGACCGACCCCCAGGAGAAGGUGUACAACCAGCUCGAGCGGGCGCUGUACGACGGUCUGCAGUAG